AUGGAAUCUCUGAAGGCAGUUGUAUUAACAGCGGCCUUAACACCCACCAAAUACAUGGUAAAAUACUGCAGUAGCUCCAGAUCGACCAUCCAUAUCAACAGUAGCUUAAUACUGAAGCUGACAGAUGACCCAGUGGAGGAUAGAACUAGUGUUGGCUUCCUCCAUUGUGCCACCAGCCUCAAAACAGAUCGCCAUUCCAGUAUUUAUUUACAUUUUAUAGAAUUAGACAUUGCUCACCAAUCUUCAACUCCUGAUAGGUUACAUAUUUACGACUUCAACGACGACGGUAAGAAGGUCCAGCUGACUCCAUCCAAAGGAAUCUAUGGAGUCUUUCAAAAGCCAUAUUAUACCACGAACACAGUGGACAGCCCUAUUCGAGACUACCAAUCCUCGGGCAAUAAGUUUAGACUCGAUUUCUUAGGGAAACCAACUUACAUGUAUAAAGGAUUUGCGAUAUUACUAACUAAAGUGAAAGAUGCACGGUAUAACGGUUGUAAGAAGGGAUAUUUCCACUGUAAGCAUCAAGAUAUCUGUAUACCAGGAGAGCUCCAGUGUGACGGACAGGACAACUGUGGUGCCCUAGAUGGCUCGGAUGAGUUUAAUUGUGCCGGUCUGGAAGAAACAGUCACCAAUCUUCUUAGUAGCUAUUCAGUAUAUCACGCUGUAAUCGCCGCUGCGGUUGGUAUCCUGGUAUUUUUAGCGUCCUUUAUGCUAAUAGCCUAUUGCAUCAGAAAAUAUAACAGACGAAAGUAUCCAUUCGUUAAGGCUCGAGCUUUAUUACAGAGAGGAAUGUGUACGGUCACAACGAACUUGGACGAGGAGAGACUUUACGCACCACCCUCAUACGAAGAUGUUGUGGCCAACAGUAAUGGUGGCAUGCCUGGAAGUAGCCGUGGUAAUGAACCACCUCCAGAUUAUAGCGAAUACAUCCGGACUACUUUAAAUAAGCGGAGGGAUUUGACUGAUAGCGAAGAUGAGGAUUCGGAGUAUGGAAGUCCGCAGAGAGAAAAUAAACUAAAUGAUGGCAUGCGCUCGCGAUUUGUAAACUUACACGACGAGUUUCAAGACAUCAAUCCCCAAAUGAACACCAAAGGUAAAGGUGGGAAACCGAAACGAAGCAGUAAUAAAACUAAUUCCACCCGAAAAUUUGAGACUCACGACCACCCGUCUACUGCAGACGAUCACAGAGACCAAGCUUCAUCAACUUCCGCUUCAGAUAACGUCAGAACCGGGACUCCAUCUUCACACGGGAGUACCAUUAGUUUAGGAUUUCCACAAACCGGAGACGAUUCUGAAAACGACUUGAAAAGUGGCGACUCCGGGAUAGAAAACAGCAGUGAGAGGAUCUCUAAAUAUAACAAUAACGUGAAAUCAACAGCAAGGGAGGCAACUCCAAAUAAAGACACAGUGAAGAACUGA